AUGCAAGAAACAGAGAGGGAACGUUGCGAGCGGUCAGCGGGGGCGCGGACUGUGCCCACAGCCUCCCGCGGCGAUGCCCCGGCCUUUCUACUUUUUACAAACGCAUGCUUGGCUCGUGUCUUUUUCGCUCUCCUCAUUCGGAAUUCGUUGAGAGAUCACCGCUGCCGGUGGCAAAUGUCUUGUGAUAUGUCAGAUACAGUACGUGCGUUGCGAACGCCGUAA